CAAGAGACUCUAUUAAACAUAUUCUCUUCUACAUAACAUAUUCAGGAAGAAGAGUAGUAACUAGUAAAACCUCAUCAAUGGAGAAAAAACCAAAGUCUGUUCAUUUCUCUACCUCUUCUCCUAAAUCACUCCUUUCUUCUUUUUCUUCAUUCACUUCCCUCCCGGCUUCUCCUCUUAAUCAGACUUUUUCUCAGUCGGUAAUGGAGGAAACCGUGGAGGCCGCGGAAUCAAUCAUCAAGAAAUGGGAUCUGAACUCACCGUCCUACACAAGGAUCAUCUCUCUGUUUAGUCACAGCAGAAAAGAGGCCAAAGAAUUCAUCAGAUGCAUCCGUGACUUACGCAGAGCCAUGCACUUUCUUAUCUCUCAGCACUCACAAUCUGCCAAGCUAGUUCUUGCACAGCAUCUGAUGCAGAUCGGUAUGGCCAGGCUCGAAAAAGAGUUCUUCCAGAUUCUGUCUUCAAACCGAGACCAACUUGAUCCUGAAUCUGUCUCUGGUCACUCCUCAAUUUCAAGCAAUUCAGAAUUUGAAGAUGUUAUGCAAUCUGAUGAUGAUGAAGAAGAUGAGCUGAAGAAGGCUGGUGAAACGAUCACUAAGGUCGAAAAAGCUGCAGCACUUGUGAUGUCAGACCUCAAGGUCAUAGCAGAGACUAUGAUCAGCUGUGGAUAUGGUAAAGAGUGCAUAAAGAGCUAUAAGUUGAUCAGAAAGUCAAUUGUAGAUGAAGGGCUACACUUACUUGGGAUCGAAAAGUACAAGAUCUCCCGGUUCAACAGAAUGGACUGGGGCGUGCUCGAGCAUAUGAUCAAGAACUGGAUCAAAGCUGCAAAGAUUGGAGUCAUAACACUCCUCCGCGGAGAAAAACUUCUCUGUGAUCAUGUCUUCUCUGCUUCAAGUACCAUAAGAGAGUCUUGCUUUUACGAGAUAGUGAACGAAGCAGGAAUCAAUCUUUUCAGGUUCCCAGAACUCGUUGCCAAUAAGGAGAAAAAAUCAUCGCCCGAGAGGAUCUUCAGGCUGAUGGAUCUCUAUGCAGCAAUCUCUGACCUUAGGCCAGACAUAGAGCUGAUAUUCCACUUUGAUUCAGUAGCUGCUGUUAAAACUCUGGUGCUCUCAUCGCUGAAGAAACUCAAGCACUCAAUCCACACAAGUCUCACGGAAUAUGAGUCGACAAUACAAAAGGAUUCUUCGAAAGCAGUAACUGCAGGAGGAGGGAUUCACAAGCUGACGCGAUCAACCAUGAGUUUCAUAUCAUCUCUUUCUGAAUACAGCCGUGUGUUAUCCGAGAUCCUUGCAGAGCAUCCUCUUAAGAGAAACACACGUAUGCUAGAAUCUUAUUUCACAGCUCCAAUCUUAGAAGAUGAACACAACAACCACGCAGUCUCGGUCCAUCUAGCUUGGCUCAUCCUGGUUUUCCUAUGCAAACUAGAUAUCAAAGCAGAGAGCUACAAGGAUGUUUCUCUCUCUUACCUCUUCCUAGUGAACAACAUUCAGUUUGUGGUUGAUACCGUUCGUUCAACUCACCUCAGGAACAUCCUCGGAGACGACUGGCUCAUAAAGCACGAAGCGAAACUCAGAAGCUACGCUGCAAACUACGAGAUCGCAGCGUGGGCCAAUGUUUACAUAUCUUUACCAGAGAAAACAAGUAGCACACUAUCAGCAGAGGAGGCCAAAGCACAUUUCAAGAGAUUUCACGCAGCAUUCGAAGAAGCUUAUAUGAAACAAUCAUCAUGUGUCAUAACAGAUACAAAACUUAGGAACGAGCUUAAGGUUUCCAUAGCAAAGAAAAUAGUACCGGAAUACAGAGAGUUUUACGGCAAGUACUUGCCAAUGCUGAGUAAGGAGAGAAACAUAGAGAUGCUGGUGAGGUUUAAACCUGAUAACUUGGAGAACUAUCUCUCGGAUCUGUUCCAUGGAACACCAAUACUUAGUGGUUCUUCUUCUUCUUCUUCUUCAUCAUCUUGUAUCUCACUUGGAUGUGUAAGAAACUAAAGUUCAGAGUUAGAGCAUUUGCUUAGUAUCUUCAUCACUUAAAUUAAAUGGAUGUGAUUAUG